GGAAUAAAAAUGGGAGUGAUAUCAAAACAGAUUCUAAAUGCAACUGAAGAGUCGCUUUCGAAGCCAAACAAAGAGCUAAUUGCUAAGAUUAUAACAUAUUUAAGAGAUAAUCCUGAUGAUUGAGGAGAAGCAGUAAAAACACUUGGUCAAAGAUUCGAUCACCCAAAUGCGAAGGUUCAGAUGUUCUGAUGAUUUAUAUUGGACAAACUCAUGAAGAAACUUGAUGACUCCUUCAUUGAAAAAAUAUAGGCAGCAAAGGUUUCCUAAACUGCCUCGUUGUCAUCCUCAGUAAAGAAGAAAGUGUUGACCAAGUAAAGAAGAAAAUACUUGAUUUAAUCCAACAAUGGGGACUGAGAUUUGAAAACAGCCAAGAGUACCCUCUCUUUUAUAAAAUUUAUAUGGCUCUAAAAGGUAGAAUGGAUGAAUUCCCAGAUGAAGGUAAAGCUAGGUCAAAAUUGGGACUUCCUAGCAGCACUCCAUCUAAACAAAAUAAUGAAAGCUCUAGGAAUGGCUCGAGUGUAAAACAAUCUUCGUUAGAUGAAGUACCUGUACAAGAUCAAUCAUCUGCAAGAAAGAAGAAAAAGAGAAAGAUCAUCAAGAAAAAGAAAGUCAGCCUAAAUCCUGAAGAACAACAGAAGAAACUAGAAAUAGAUAAUAUUGUUGAAAGUAUGGAUUUAGCCAACUCAAUGAUCGAUGCUGCUGAGCCAGGCAACAGAGAAGGAAUUGAUCUUCUAACCGAUGUUGUUAGCGCAUUGAAAACCUCGGAAUCAGCAUUGGUAGAAUCAAUUUCAAGUAUCAGCCAAUCAGAGCUACUAGACUAUGCUAUUAAAGUAAAUGACGACUGCCAGUCAACAAUGAGAAGGUUCAAACAACUUCAAAAAGGUAAAAGACCUACAAGGUAUCAGCCAACUCAUAAUAAAAACUUUGAUAAAGUUGUCGAAGAAGAGGUUAAAUUAGAUAUGAGUGAAUCUGCUAAAUCAGACUCUUCUCGAAAGCACGAACCAAAACCCAAGAAAAAUUCUAGAACUUCUGCUCGAAAAGAACCAAGAAGUGAGAGUAAAAUAAAAUGGAAUAAGCCUAAUCACCAAAACGAGUUCCAAAGAAUAGAUCCUGACCCCCAAAAGAGAGAAGAGAGGGAGAAAAGACAGUACGAUCCAGAAGUAAACCGAAGGGUUCAUCUUCAAAAAUAUGAGCUACAAACUGAACUGGAGAAACAUAGCGCCCAAGAGAAUCUAGAUAGAAUCAAGACUCGAGAGAUCGGCCACAAAGAUAAGGAUUACUUUGAAGCAAGAAAGAAACGAGUGGUUGCAGAUGCUAAAAAGAUCAAGAGAGAAGUAAAUAAUUCUAUGACUAAUUUUAAACCUGAUGAGGAAGUAACCACUCCAGUAAAGAAGCCAGCAAAUGAUCCAUAUCAAGUGAAAUCAUAUGGUGCACCAACGACUAAACUGAAAGAAACGUUAGAUCGACUAAAGGAAGAAGAGAAUGCAAUGAAUAGUGAAAGUAUAGCACCAACCUCAAGUAGUGGUCUAGGAGGAUUUGGAAUGGAUAAUUCACUAAAUCAAAACAGUUAUUCAGCUGGAAAGAGCUCGGCUAAAAAGAAGAAGAAAAGAAGGAAGAAGAAAAACCAAAAUAUUUCUUUUGAUCCUAAUGCCCCAUCCUUGGAUAAAUCUAGCCUUGAGGCUUUCAAAAACCAUCAAUCGAAACUCCCGAUUAAUAUCCAAACUCAUACAAGUUCAGGAGACUUUGGUGAGUCAAGCUUCACUUCAUCAGCAAAACCGGCAAACAUGAAUUUUAUUGGAAGUUCACCGGAUUUUGGGAAACCAAGAAAGCCUUCUCAUGACAUUAUGGGAGCUCCUGAUUUUAUGACUCCUCAGAGAGUUCCUUCUCCUCCAGACUUUAGUAACCCUCCAAGCAAGAUUGAUCAGGAUAAUCAGAUGAACCAUUUCGAAGGAAUGAACCCACCAAGAGAUAUGAAUCGGUUCGAAGAAAUGAAGCGACCUAAUAUGAUGAAUCCUCCUUUCGGAGGAAAUGGCCAGUUGAGUAUUGAAGAUUCUAGUAUGUCAAACCCACCAAAAAUUAUGAACCCACCUGAUUUUAUGACACCUCAAAAGGCUAAUCAGAAUAGCAGUAAUGAUCCAUUUUCAGGGAUUGGGCUUGGAGGGGAUCUUAUGUCUAGUACUUUCAACAAUAAGCCAAACAAAAAUCCUGCUGAAGGCAAAAGGCUAAACUUAUUCCAUAUCGGUGGUGACUCUUCUCAUGGUAAUCCUCCUCAAUCACAGAGUAGUGCUAGGGAUUUUAAUGAUCCUUUUGUAGAGGAUUCUUUCCCACAGUUUAGUGAGAAUCCUUCUCAAGCCGAUCAGCCUGUAUCUAAUAAUGAUGACUUUGGAGACUUCGGAGACUUUGGAGAUUUUGGUAAUGGUUUCUCCAACAUGGGAACCAAAGAGCCUCCUCAAAAACAGAAUGAAAGCAAUUUUGCAUUUGAUGAUAUUAAUAUUGACCUUGGUGACCUAAAUUUAAAUGAUGAACCAAGCUCUAAUAAAUUGCCUCCCCCUCAAAACAAACUAAAGGAGAACUUUGGACUUGGAGCACUUGAUAACAGAGGCAUUCCAAGUUCCUCUUCAGGAAGUCAGAAUAAUUCAUUUAGAGGUUUUCCGAGUAACGAGAGUCGAGGAAGAAAUGAUGAAAUGCAUAAUAUGAUGAAUCCUAGCAACAACUUUGGAGGUAUGAAAAACCAACCAAGUGGAAUAAACACCAAGCAAAGACAGCCUCCUCCUAAGCCUCAAAACUACCCACCUUCAGGUGGAUUUAAUACAGCAAUGUCAGGGCCGCCUAGACCCGAUCCUAAUGAAGGUAUAAUGAGAGGCGAUUCUUUUGGCAAACCUUUCUCUAAUGGUCCUCCUUCAAAUAGAUCAGGAUUUAAUAAUAUGAUGAGUGCCAACAGUUCACAAAUGUCGUCAGAACCAAGAGUUAUUGAUCGCUCUGGGAUAUCCCAAAAUUAUGGUAAUCCUCCUCAGGCUCAAGAUUUCAACACUGUGGUUCCGAAUUCUAAUUUCGGAGGAAUAGGUAAUACUCAAAAUCCAGCAAUGAUGAACCGAUUUGAGACAUCUCAAGGUCCUCCUCCCCAAAGAAAUGACUUCAAUAACAAGUUUGGGUAUCAAGGACCUACUAAUGAUAUGCCUAAUGCAAAUAACAUGCUUGUCCCAGUUGACCCAUUUGCUGCAGCUGAUAAUUCAUCUGGUUAUAGUUCAGGACACCUAUCAGGGGGAUUUAAUACAAUAGCUCCGAAACAAAGAAAGAAGAAUCCUUUCUCUAAGACGUCUAAAUCAGCUAACAUAAACAACCCAAAUAUGUUCCAGACUAAUAAUAUGAUUGGAGGAGGAUUAGCACCUUCGAAUAACGAAUUUAAUGAUUUCUUCAGCCAGGCUUCUUCGAGCUCCAAUUCCCGAAUGGCUCCGCCCAACCCUGUUAAUGAAAAUAUGUUUUCUACCACAAACAACCUUGGAGGCAUGAGUGGCGGUUAUUUCGGAGAUGCACCUAAAAAGGGAAAUCCCUUCAAAAAAGGGAACCCAAUGUUUGGAGGAAGUAUGAACACUGUAAGCCAGCCUGCCUCAGCCAACAAUGUGCAAAGCAUCGAUGAUCUUUUCUCAUAA